AUGAUGAAUCCAGAUUACAUUGGUCCGUUCAAGGACAAUCAGUUGGCGGCCGUAAAACAAUUAAAAACCACAAAUGACAAACAUUGGUUUUGCGGUGGUGAUAGAAGUGUUGCGAUUGCAGUUCAAUUAAUUAGAACUUUGAAAAUUUUAGCUGUACCAACAGACACUAUUUAUGGUUUAACAGGUCUUGCUCAAAAUUCUUUCACUGUUCAAAAGCUUUACGAGAUAAAACACCGAGAUGAAAAUAAACCCCUCGCUAUUUGCUUGAGUGAUAUUUCGGAAAUAAGUAAAUGGGGUGAUAUCUCACAUUUACCAUUUGAACUUUUAGAAAAACUUUUACCCGGUCCCGUAACUAUUGUUGUAAAACGAACUGAAAAAUUGAAUCCCGAAUUAAAUCCCGGUACAUCGACAGUUGGUAUACGAAUACCGGAAUCACGAUUUUUACGAAAUGUCGUUAAAUACGUUGGUGAACCAUUAGCGUUAACAAGUGCAAAUGAAAGUAAUUGUCCAAGUACAAUACAUCCAGAUGAAUUUAAAAGUUUAUGGCCAAGUUUAGAUGGAAUUUUUUAUGAUAAUAUUAAUAUGAGAGAAGAUCGAAGAAGACUUGGAUCGACAAUAAUUGACUUGACUGAACCUGGAUAUUAUAAACUUAUUCGACCAGGUGCGGCUUGUUUUAAAACAACUCAAUAUUUAAUAGAGUUUGGUUUCGUGAGAAAGAAAGAAAAGAAAAUUAAUAAGAAAAAAAUACAAGUUGCUGCUUGAUAAAUUUUGUUAUGAGAAUAUAAAUAUAAUAAAACAUUUUAAAAUAGUA